CCACGCGUCAAAAACAAAACCACAACAAAAAAAAAACAAAAAACCAGACAAGACAAAUCACGUGCUGGGUAAUAAAAAAAUAAGUUUAUAGAUGAACAGUCCGAUGCGCGUGAGCUGAUGGUUUUAUAUCUUUAAAUUUACAGGCUGACACCGAGCGAGACGCAGCUUUUUAAAGUUUCAUGUCAGUGAGUGAAGAGUGAGGAUAAACAGUCCAGCUGUUUGGUGAUUUGUGUAUUAUUGUUAUUAUCAUUUCUUAUUGCACUCUUAUUGAACUGGACGCAGGAGCGGCGCCUUAUGCCAUUACGCACACACCGGGAGCGGGGCUGCAAAUGGGCGGCAUCGGUGGCAACCUCUACCUCAGCAUGUUGAAUGGGACUGAAACGCAAACUUUCGGAAAGAACCCCGACAUCAGUCACCUCCACCGCGGCGGAGGAGGCGGCGGCGGCUGCAAGGACCUAGCCGAGUUCAAAAUGGGGAUCCAGGACGCGAGGUUUUACUACCCGGACCCGGUUGCAGGCGGGCAGGACGCCCUGGCGCUGCCGUACCACUCGGACCAGGCGGUGGGGGGGUACGGAGCGCAGCCCGGACGGUUUUACGCGCAGACGCUCGGCGGUUGCCCGUACGGCGGCGUGCGCUCUCCGCCGAGGAGCGCGGCCGCGCAGGGCUACAUCUCCGCGGCGGGCGACGGGUUCUCCGCCGGGGGGAAAGACUUGUACUCUCCGUCUCAGGAGAACUACCAGGCGGGCUUCCAGCACGGCUUCCAGCGGCCGCCUCUCUACCCGCUACCUGGGCUACAGGUGUGCGGGAAGACGCAGGCUCUGCUCAAUAACUACCCGCUGUGGGCCAAGUUCCACAAGUUCCAAACCGAGAUGAUCAUCACCAAACAGGGGAGGAGGAUGUUCCCCUUCCUGAGCUUCAACAUCAGCGUUCUGGAUCCGUCCGCCCACUACAACGUGUACGUGGACGUGGUUCUGGCGGACCAGCACCACUGGAGGUACCAGGGCGGCAAGUGGGUCCAGUGCGGGAAGGCGGAGGGCAACAUGCCAGGGAACAGGAUGUACAUGCACCCCGACUCGCCCAACACGGGCGCUCACUGGAUGAGACAGGAAGUGUCGUUCAGCAAACUCAAGCUCACCAACAACAAGGGCAGCACCAAUAACGUGGCGCAGAUGAUCGUGCUCCAGUCGCUCCACAAGUACCAGCCCCGCCUCCACAUCGUGGAGGUCAAGGAGGACGGCUCGGAGGACGCCUUCCUCUCGGCCAAAGCUCAGACCUUCAUCUUCCCGGAGACGCAGUUCAUCGCUGUCACCGCCUAUCAGAACGCGGACAUCACUCAGCUGAAAAUAGACCAUAACCCCUUCGCUAAAGGUUUCCGCGACAAUUACGACACGCUGUACGUUCCUCCCGACUCCGAUCGCCUCACCCCCUCCCCGACGGAGAGCCAGCAGCUGCUGGCGGGAGGCUGCUACCCUCAAGGCUACCUCUCUGAGCAGUACAUGAGCCCCCUGCCCCAGAGCCGCUGGGCCGUGGGCCAGCAGCUCAAAGACCCGGCCUCCAGCCCCGGUCCUCACAGCCGCUGGUACCUGCCGCCUCAGCAGGGCGUGGCCGCCAACCGGCUGGACUUCGCCUCCUCCUACGACGGGGACUUCUCCGGGAACGGUUUCUACAAGCCCUUCCCCUUGCAGACGUCCGCUCACCACGCGCUGGGCUACUACCCGGACCACCCUUUCGCCUCGACGAGCGUGUCCGUCUCGGGGGCCGCCUCGGCGGGCUGGACAACCAGCCGGCCCACCCCUCAGUACCUGAGCCACCCGACCAAGCCCGCCCCGAGCCUGGGCUGGUUCAGGCCCAUAUCAUCCUCCUCGUCCUCCUCGUCUUCUUCCACGUCGCCCGGCAACCCCCGGCUGCACCCGCCCUCCUCGCUCCUCGAGCCCCUGCAGCCGCCCCCGCUGCAGGAAAAGCCCAAAGACACUGCGCAGGUGGCGGCGGAGGACCCCUGGCUCGAGGCCCCCUCCGCGAAGUCGGCGGCCUCGGGCGACUCGGGCCUGUUCGAGGGCAACGUGGGGGGGGACAACAACAAGAAGAGGAGGGUGUCGCCGUACACGUCCGGCUCUGAGAACUCCCCGCCUCGGCGCGGCGGAGAGGCCUGCGAGAAGGACAGCAACAGCGACGCGGACUACUACGGCUACUACACCCACUGAAGCCGCCAUCGCUCCCCCCCCCUGAGCCGGGUCACGAUUAAGGGCUGGAACCGGUCUCUGACGACACAAACUAAAAGAAACUGAACUUCUGUCACAAAGGCAUCACCCCCCCACCCCCCACCCCACCCUCUCAAAGUGUCAAACGAUUACAGGAGAAACUUCCAGGGUUGCUGUCAAAGUUGGUGUUGAACAGGAGUGGAUGUGACUCGGGGAAACUGCCCUCGAGUCACACAAACACCAGACAAACAGACCUGUGACUUAAGCCCUUGAAACAUCUGGAGAUUU